AAAAAGAUGGCUUAAUACCCACUCUCUUGAAGACUUAGCAAGAACAGGUCAUCCACCUACUGUAAAUGAACCAAUACAAAGAAGGAUUGUUAACCUUAUUACUUUUCAGAGGUGUUCAUCUGCUGUUGAA